UCGUUUUGACAAACAACCUCAAAAAGUCAUAAUAAACAGGCAAUGAUGUUGUUAUAAUUAUUUUAUUCUGAAAAAAUAUUAUACAAAUCAUUAUGUAUCUAUUUUAUAGCUACAGUUGAAAACAGAGUUUCAUGCGGCGGCGUGUAUAUAGAAGUGCUGUGUUGAAUUGAUCAUGUGACAGUUAUAUUUAAAGUGAUUCAUUUCAUUGUUUUGAAUAUAAAUUUUAUUGAUAAUGAUACCGUCGAAUACAAUAUGCGUGUCCCAGGAGGGACCCGCAAACGCUUUGGCAUUAAAUAAGGAUUGCUCCCAAGUAGUCAUAGCCGGCCGCAAUGUGUUCAAAGUAUUUUCUAUCGGUGAAAAUGAGUUUUCAGAAGUGUGUAACUUAAGGGUUGGAAAGAAUUUAAAUCUAAAUUUUUCAUCCAUUGACGUUGCCUGGAGCACUAUUGAAGAAAAUACAUUAGCGACAGCAGCUACAAAUGGUGCAGUGGUGGUAUGGAACCUUGGCCGCUCCGGUCGCUCCAAGCAGGAGCAUGUGUUCUCCGACCACAAGAGAACUGUCAACAAGGUUAGCUUCCACCUGACAGAACCGGCACUUCUGAUAUCUGGCUCCCAAGAUGGAAUGAUGAAGUGCUUUGAUCUGCGGAUGAAGGAGGUGGCUAGAACAUUUAUAAGUAACACAGAAUCGAUCCGCGACGUGCAGUUCAGCCCGCACCAGGCGCACACGUUCGCCGCCGUCUCCGAGAACGGCAGCGUGCAGUUGUGGGACGUGCGGCGCCACGAGCGCUGUCUGCUGCAGUACACCGCGCACUCGGGGCCCGUGUUCGCCUGCGACUGGCACCCGGAGAUGCCCUGGCUGGCCACAGCUUCCAGGGAUAAGACUAUUAAGGUGUGGGACAUUUUCGGCAAGCCCAACUUGGAGCACACUAUUUACACCAUAGCAUCUGUCGGACAUGUCAAAUGGAGACCACAGAAAAAGUUCCAAGUAGCGUCGUGCGCGCUGGUGCUGGACUGCGCGGUGCACGUGUGGGACGUGCGGCGGCCGCACGUGCCGCUCGCCACGUUCGCCGAGCACCGCGACGUCACCACCGCCAUCGCCUGGCUGGCCGAGCCGCAUACCUUCCUCUCUACCAGCAGGGACUGCAGCCUAUACCGUCACCGGUUCAGCUCAGCAGCACACCCGGUGCUGUGGGCCAACCCGCACGGCGUGUGUGUGUCAGCUCGCGGCGAGCUGGCGCACGCGGCGCCCGAGCGGCCCCUGCCGGCGCUGCCGCCCGCCCAUCCACAGCCCGACCGACACGUACCGGGGCUUGGUCGCAAGCAGCCGACAGCUGGGUCCCUGUCCGGGGCGGCGCAGGCGGCGCUGGAGCGCGCGUUCCCGGGCGGCGCGGGCUCCACGCUGUGCCGCUACGCCGCGCCGCGCCCGCUGCCGCUGCUGCAGUGCGCCACCGACUACCGCAUGCGCGGGGCGCCGCCGCAUGACCUCGCGCAGCACAACGCUGAAGUGGCUAAGGCUAAUAAUCGACAUAUGGUGUGGCACGUAUGGGAGGUGGUGCGGUGCGUGUACUCUGCCCGCGCGGCGCGGCGCAGCUCGCCCGCGCCCGCGCCGCCCACCGACCUGCCGCGCCCAGACCCGCCGCCGCCGCCGCCAUAUACACAUACUUAUCACAAUAACGCGGUGGAGGAGGAGCCGCUGGAGGAGGUGGAGGAGUGGGCGGAGACGCAGUUCCACAACAGCGGCGUGCUGGGCAAGCCCACGCUCAGCAUCUACAUCCCGCCCGCCAGGCAGCCCAAGCACCUGCGCAGCGACGAGCCAGCAGGCUGGGUAUCAGCAGCAUCAGCGCACUACGUGGACACGGAGGCGGCGGACUGGACCCUCCCGGAGGAGGCCUUCCCCCUCCGCACCGCGCCGCCCGCCGCCCCGCCACACGCGCCGCCUCGCGCUGACCAGCAUCAGCAUGGACAGCAUGAUAAGGAACAUAAUGCGUCACACCGAGGCUCGGGCGGUUCUGGCGGGUCUGGGGGCGGCGUCUCCCCCGGAGGCAGCUCGUCUCCGGGCAGCGGCUCCAGCGGGUCCGCCUGCACCGCGCCGCCCGCACUCGACCACGCACAUCUACAUCAGAUGCACCUAGAGGAGAGCAUCAGCGAGGGCGGCGCAGGGCUGGCGGUGCGCGUGGGCUGCGGGCUGCGGCCGCAGCUGGACGUGGCGCCGCUACUGGCCGCCGCGCUGCGCCACCACGCCGACCUCGGCGACGUGCAGACCGCCGCCGUCGUCAUGAUCGUGCUGCAGGAGCACAGGAGUGACCUGUUCCCCUACAUCGAGGAGAGCUUACAAGAGCACUGGCUGUUGGGAUACAUUGAGCUGUUGCAGAGACAUAAGCUGUGGAAUGUUGCUACUGAGGUGGUGCGUUGCGCGUGGCUGAACAGCGUGUGGGUGCUGUCGCAGCAGUCGACGAGCGUGGCGGUGUGCUGCGGGCGCUGCGGGCGCCGCACGCGGCCGCACGCGGCGUGCGAGGCCUGCGUGCCGCGCCGCCUGCCCGACGCCUGCGCCGUGUGCCGCCGCCCCGUGCGCGGCCUGUACGCCUGGUGCCAGGGCUGCAGCCACGGCGGCCAUCUGCACCACCUGCGCCGCUGGCUCGACCAGCACCAGCUCUGCCCCGCCGGCUGCGGCCACCACUGCCAGCUCGCCUGAACAUUCUCCAUUAACGCUAGAGCUUGUUAACUGUUUAUAUUGAUGUCAUUCAGUUCGAUGAAGGUUUUUGUAGCCAAUGUAAGUUAUAUAAGGUACAGAAACUAGUCGGCAUCUAGUCUUUGUAUCAUAAAGACAUGUAAUCAAUCUUAUUGAAACAAUAUUAUCAUUUUGUUACGAGUUUAAGCCUUUUGAACAAGAAAUGUAGGUAUCAUUAUUUUUUAUUUUCUUUCAGUAACGAUUGCUCGGUGAAUCGGGAAAUUUUUAAACAAAUUGUUUGAAACAAUAUUAGAAGCUAAGUAAUGGAAUGUGUGAAUAUAGUUUAAUAUAUUAUUUUAUGAUAAAAUCACAAGCUAUAAUGUGUAAUGUAAAUAGAUAAGAAUAAUUGUGUAUUUAUAGACUAAAUUAAGGGUACAUUUUAUUUUAUAACAAAUAUUUUUAUAUAAAAUAAAAAU